AUGUUUCAGCUCACUUCGCAACAUCGCUCCGAGUAUCUUUCAUGUUAUGAUAGAUGUCUGUGCCGUCAAAUAUUUAGUACGGCUUGUGCGUGUUUAGUGGAGAUAUCGCUGACCAAAGCUGAGUGGUUGACAAGUGUCCCCCGCCCGACCUUCUACGUUGUUAAAUUAUUCUUAAGGUGUUGUUGUACUGUGGCAAAGGUAUUUGGAAGUAGUAGCAAGGCCAUGUCUGAACAGAAAAAAAAGAAAAGUAGAGACCAGUAAUGAUCCCAAUGUAUGGCUGAAGUGGUACCAUGAACUAAGUGAUGAAAGUGAUCUGAGUGAAAGCUCUAAGGAUCAAGAUGAAAGUGACAAAGAGGAAGAAAAUAUACUGACAGAGAGUGAGCAUAAUACAGAAUCG